AUGUCUUCCUCAGCAGCUGGAGCUCUGGGAAGCAUGCUGGCAAAGUCGUCUCCCGCAAGGCCUCCAGAAGCUGGCGGGGCCCAGGACAGUGGUGCGCCUUCAGCGCCCGCAGCAUCAGAACCCACACCGAAGAAGUCGGGUGCGAAGUCGGUGCUGAACCAGUCCUCGGCCAUGACGUCCUCGGCGGCUGGAGCUCUUGGUGGCCUUUUGAGCCAAGGAAGUGCACCGCCCACCAGGACGGAUCCCUCUGCUACCGGCGACGCGGCACCGGAGGCACCUCCUGCGAAGAAAGCGUCGGCUGCCAAGUCGGUGCUGAACCAGUCCACGGCCAUGACCUCCUCGGCUGCGGGGGCAUUGGGCGGGCUUCUUUCGCAAGGCGCUGCAAAAGCACCUCCCACCAGGACGGAGCCGCCGGCCGGCAGCUCCGAUGCUCCUGCCACCUCGGCCAAAGCCUCCUCCGAAGCGCCGCCGGCGAAGAAAGCGUCGGGCGCCAAGUCGGUCUUGAACCAAUCGUCAACCAUGACCUCCUCUGCAGCUGGGGCCCUCGGGGGCCUUCUGGCGCAAGGCGGACCAAAGUCGUCGGCUUCCAUGCCGGCAGGUUCGGCUGGCACAGCUUCGGCCGCGCCUGCAGCUUCAGCGCCGCCCAGGAGUGCAGACGACCGAAAGUCCGCACUGGCCACGUCAACGGUCAUGACCAGCUCGGCCGCAGCGAACCUUGGCCCAGCUGGCUCUCCAGGGCUGCAGGGGAUCCAGGGGGUUCACACCUACCAGCGAGCCUCAAAAGAAUCAGCGGCAUGCCUGGUGGUUGAGCUGAGGCAAGAACUCUACCACUGGCAGGAGGCUCCUUCUGCCCCGGCAUCCACACAGGCUGGGGCCGUGCUCGCCGCUACAGUUGAAGUUAUCGCGGUUUUGCCUUUAUGUGUCUUUGACUGUACGGCCAAGGCCGUAGCCCUGUUCGGAACACGGCACUGCUGGGCGAGCAUGAAGUUGCGCUCGCCUGGUUCUGCGGACGAGGCCCUGGCGAGCUCAUCCUUAACUGGCUGCGUCUCGGGCUUCGUGCGCAACCACAGCCGGAAAUGCAUCUUCCUUCUGCUGUUCGGCUUUGUCUUCGUCGCUGCAGCUGGCCCUCCUCUGGGCAACUUGAGGCAGUCCUUCAGCGAGGAGCGAGUCGCAUCAAUCAACGCGCAGCUCAUGCAGAUGACCCCGCAGGAGAUCCUGCGCUGGGCACACCGAGCUCUACCUGGGCGCGUCGUUCAGAUGAGUAGCCUUGGGGCGAGCGGCAUGGUGAUCUUGGACAUGAUGGACUCCAUAGGACUCUUGAAAGAGAUUCCGGUGAUCACCGUGGACACCUUGCAUCUCUUCCCUGAGACCUAUCAGCACAUCGCGAAUGUGACUAAGCACUAUCCACACCUGAAACUCCACGUCUACUAUCCUCUGGGUUUCGGCAACCUUGGCCGCGAGAAGUUCGACGCAAAGUACGGCGCAUCGCUGUGGAAGGAGGACUUCGACAGGUACAGCUUGCUUUCGAAGCUGGAGCCGGCCGCCCAAGCUCUGUCCGACUUCUCCCCGCGCGCCUGGAUCACCGGGCGAAGGCGCUCGCAGGGUGGUGACAGGGAGACAAUGGCUCUGGCGGAGUACGACGGCGGGAUGAUCAAGCUGAACCCGCUGGCAUACUGGACCAACGCCCAGGUCUGGGAGUACAUACGGGAGCACGGCGUGCCUUACAACGUGCUCCACGACCGCGGCUUCUCUUCCAUCGGCGAUGAGAUGAACACCCGCCCUGUCAAGGACGGCGAGGAGGAACGAGCAGGGCGGUUUGACCAGAGCGUGAAGGUGACUGAGUGCGGUAUGCACACCCACCUCGCGAAGAAAGCCCGGGCGAGCAUCAAGCGGGCGCAGUCCAGUGGCACGCCCCACCUUCCCUGCCCUUCCUGCGUGGAUGUGGACAAGACCAACUUCCAAGAGUUCUACUCGCCCAUGUGCGGUCACUGCACCCACUUUGCGCCCACCUAUGCGGAGAUUGCCAACCGCCUUGCGAAGGACCUGAGUAUAGAGGGGCCUAAAUUAGUUGGAAGGGUGCUGCGUGUAGCUUUCUAUUGUAUGUACUUGUAUGGCAAUAUAUGGCAAUCAUCUUGGCCCCUGUUGCAUACAUCUGUGUUCACUUUGCAAUUACGCAUGACAGCUUGA